UACAAAACAAACCAGCAAUCCUUUUUAUGGGCUCUAUAAAUUCCACCAACAUAGGGUUGAUUCAUUGCUUCCAAUCUUUAAGCUCUUUCUCUCUCUUUCUCUCUCUCUGUACGUAAAAGAACAAAUAAUCAUAAUAUUGACUCUAUAGUCUAUAGCAACUAAAAAUACCUUUUCAACUUCUCUAAUGGCGAUUUGUACUUUGUUUCAUCUCCUCGUUCUUGUUCUUCUAUCAAUCACUGGAGCACCUAUAAAUGCAAACAUAGAAGGGGAUGCUCUGUAUGCGUUUAGAGCAGCAGUGAAAGACCCGGAACAUGUUCUGCAGAGCUGGGAUCCAACCUUGGUAGAUCCAUGUACUUGGUUUCACGUUACCUGUGAUGGUGAUAAUCGGGUCACCCGAUUAGACCUUGGAAAUGCAAAGCUGUCGGGCAGUCUAGUGCCUGAGUUGGGGAAACUCGAGCGCCUUCAAUAUCUGGAACUGUACAUGAAUCAACUUGUGGGUGCUAUUCCUAUGGAGCUUGGAAAUCUCAAGAGCCUUAUCAGCUUAGAUCUUUACCAUAAUAAUCUCACUGGCUCUAUCCCAUCGUCCCUCUCUAAGCUCUCCAAUCUCAAUUUCAUGAGACUUAACAGCAACAGACUGACUGGAAGGAUACCGAGGAAACUUACCAAACUUGGAAGCCUAAAGAUCCUUGAUGUGUCAAAUAAUGAUUUGUGUGGUACCAUUCCUACAUCUGGUUCAUUCUCUAAGUUCUCAGAAGAAAGUUUUAUGAAUAAUCCUAGACUGGAAGGACCAGAACUAAUGGGAUUUGUGAGAUAUGAUGUAGGAGGAAGCUGUUAAUAUGGCACCCAGAUGGAAUAUGUUGUUCUUACCACUUCCAUAUAUUCACUCUUUGUAUGGGAAGGGGAAGGAUCUUAGAGACUUAUUAACUAAAGAAUAGAGCCACUUUAUGUUAAUGUUUUGGCUGUCACUUUCAGCCAGCUGUAUUUUUUAUUUUUGUCUUAUAAUUGUAGAGAAUAUAUAUAUACAGAUAUUACCUAAUCCUUGAGGAUCGAUUUUUGAGCACCA